AAAGAUUUCAGAGGCAUCAAAGAGAGGAUUCUGAGAAGAUAGCAACUGAAAAGCCCUCUCAUUUGCAUUGAUUUGGUAUGAAAUUUAGCGCAUAGAAAAGCAGUAAGCCCAGAAAAUGAACAGAGAUAUAGCCAUGUGCAGCAAUAGUUAUAAAAUCUGAAGUUCUAUCAGAUUCAUCAGAGCCUAAAUAGCAACUCGAGCAGUAUAGGAUCAAUAAUAAAUUGAAGAACUAUAGGGACACAUGAUUUCUAUAAGUUGACUGAGAACAUGGGGUUCUUAAACCCAACUAAAUUUUUUUCACCUUUUGUUGGCUUUUAUCUCCAUAUCUUUCAUUAAAAAGAUCCAUCCGUUUUUGAGUCACCUUCCUCAUCGAUUCAUCUUCUUUCUUUUACUCAAUAGAGCAAACAAAUAUUAAGUUUCUUUCAACUUCAAUAUCCAUGUGCAAGGAUAUUUCUUUUAUGCCAUUCAUUUUUUUUUUUCAUGCUUAUGUAACUUCUAUAUGUUCCCUUUCACAUACAGCAUUGGAAACAAAUCUCAUUCUCUACAGAGGUCUCAUACAGCCUCAACAAAAUUCUUUAUAGAAAGAUUUUCUUUCUUCACAGAGAUGAAUAAAAAGGGUUUAUGUAAAUUUAUUGUCAACCAUGUCUAUCAUGGAUGCCUUUUCCUGAUUGUAGUUAUAAUUAGAGUCUAGCUAAAUUUUCAUCUUUAUCUUCAAACUUCACAGUUCAUGGUUCUACUCUGUUUAUUUCUGCAUUCUGUUUACAAUUUCCUGAAUUGGGUUUGUAGCAACAAAGGUAAAUUCAUCUCAGUAGUUAAUUUAAACUGAAUACAAGAACUUUACACAGUUAAAUUCAAUGGAUGAUGAAGCAGUGAACUCAAAGUCCAAAAUUUUUUGGACCCCAGGACCAGUUAUUGUUGGUGCUGGACCCUCAGGGCUAGCUGUUUCAGCAUGCCUUAAACAAAGGGGAAUACCCUCUUUGAUUCUUGAAAAAGAGAGCUGCAUAGGGUCUCUGUGGAAACAAAAAACAUAUGAUGCUUUAAAGCUUCAUCUUCCCAAGAAAAUUUGCCAGCUUCCUUAUGUUAAAUUUCCUAGUGAGUACCCCAUAUACCCAACUCAACGCCAGUUCAUAACUUACUUGGAGGAUUAUGCUAGCCACUUCUCCAUCAACCCCCUGCUGGGACAGGAGGUUCAGUGGGCUAAGUACGAAGAAAGAAGGCGGUGCUGGCGGGUGAAGACUAACGAGCAUGAGUACAGAUGCCGGUGGCUCAUUGUAGCAACUGGAGAAAAUGCAGAACCUGUGGUACCAAGAAUUCCUGCAGUAUCAGAAUUCAAGGGAACAUUACUUCACACCAGUGCAUACAAAAAUGGUGCUUCUUUCAGAAGAAGGAAAGCUUUGGUAGUGGGCUGUGGUAAUUCAGGCAUGGAGAUAAGCUUGGAUUUAUGCAAAAAUGGUGCUAAUGUCUUUAUAGUCAUAAGAGAUAAGUUCCAUAUAUUACCUAAACAGGUGCUGGGAAACUCAACCUUUGCUCUGUCAAUGUGGCUGUUGAAGUGGUUUCCAGUAGAAGUAGUUGACUGGUUCCUUCUUCUCUGUUCAAGGCUUAUCAUUGGAGACACAACUCAAAGUGGGAUCAGAAGGCCCGAAAUUGGACCCCUGAAGUUAAAAAACUCCAUUGGAAAAACCCCAGUUCUGGAUGAUGGAGCUUUUGCCAAAAUUAAGUCUGGUGAAAUCAAGGUGGUUAAUGGCAUUCGAAAAUUCACAAGCAAUGGUGCUGAGUUUGAUGAUGGAACAAUGGAGGAUUUCGAUGUGGUAAUUUUUGCAACUGGGUACCAAAACAAUACGACAUCUUGGCUUCAGGGGGCAAAAUUCUUUAACCAGAAGGGUGGUCAUCGUGAAGGCUCACAACCCAGCAAUUGGAAAGGUGAAAAUGGAGUGUAUAGUGUGGGUUUCACCUCCCAAGGUUUGCUGGGAACUUCCAUGGAUGCACACAAAGUAGCAGAUGACAUAUCAAAGCAAUGGAACUCUGCAACAGAGAAAGUCUCUCUUGAUGCUUAACUAAUAUGUUCCUUACUCUGUAUCAGUCAUAGCUAAGCACUUUUAUCUUGUUCAUCAAAGCAAACUUGAAGAUAUUUCUGUUAUAGAUUUCUCUAAGACUGCAUAAUUCACUAGAGUCAGUGACACUGUGGGUCAUAAAGUAUAUUGUGUGAACAGAAUUAAAGAGAAGUCACUGUAAGAUUCGAUUUACAUGGACUGAACAAUAGCAUACAUUCAA